CAAAAUAAAGGCAGAAUUUGGCAAGGAGCCAAGCCCAGUGACUGAAGCAAGAAGUAGGGAACUUGGAGUAAGUUUAGUUACCAGGAUAUUGCAUGACAGCGCAGUUCCACGGUGGAUUUUAAGGGGCUCGGAGGGAAGCACACGAAGCCCAUUUCACAGCGCGAAGAAGCUUUGGCUCCUUAGAUGAAUGUCCUGGCGCUGCGACUGCGAGCGAAGCUGUUGGUCUUGGGAGGGGAUAAGGCUACGUGUAAAUGAGAAGAGAGGAGUGUACCGGAGUGCUAUGGAGGGGAGCAACUUUGUUGCUGUGACUUUUACGAGCCUUCAAGGAAGUUCCAUGGAGUUGGACUAAAUUAAGUUCUGGGAUGUCUCUGUUUGGGUUAAAAUUUGGAAAGAAGAAAUUGAAAGAGGAAGAGAGACAACUUCAAGCAAACAACAGGGAUUUCAAUCUGCAGUUUGAAUAUGCUAACAAUUCAAUUAAAACAUCGAAAUACAACUUCUUCACUUUCCUGCCUCUCAACCUGUUUGAACAAUUUCAGCGGAUAGCCAAUGCUUACUUUCUUUUCUUGCUGAUUUUGCAGCUGAUUCCUCAGAUUUCGUCACUGGCCUGGUUUACAACAGUGGUGCCCCUAGUGCUGGUGCUGGCUGUAUCAGGAGUCAAGGAUGCCAUCGAUGAUUUUAAUCGACACAAAAGUGACAAACAUGUCAACAACCGCCCAGUCCAGGUCCUGAUCAAUGGCAUGUUAAAGGAUGAAAAAUGGAUGAAUAUCCAAGUAGGGGAUAUAAUAAAACUAGAGAACAACAACUUUGUGACGGCUGAUCUACUGUUACUGUCGAGCAGUGAGCCACACAGCCUGACAUACAUCGAGACAGCUGAACUGGAUGGUGAAACAAACCUGAAGGUGAAGCAGGCACUGACAGUCACUGCAGAGCUUGGAGAAGAUCUUCAGAAACUGACAGAGUUCAAUGGUGAAAUAAAAUGUGAGGCACCAAAUAACAAACUGGACAAAUUCACAGGAACUCUUACUCUUCGAGGAGAGAAGUAUGCCCUGGACAAUGAGAAGAUGUUGCUGAGGGGCUGUACCAUUAGGAACACAGAAUGGUGCUUUGGGCUUGUUAUUUAUGCUGGGCCAGACACCAAACUAAUGCAGAACAGUGGGAAAACAACUUUUAAACGGACUAGCAUUGAUCGGCUCAUGAAUGUCCUUGUGUUGGUGAUAUUUGUAUUUUUAGCAUUGAUGUGUCUUAUCCUGGCUAUUGGCAAUGGCAUCUGGGAGUAUGAUAAGGGAUAUUAUUUCCAAGUCUAUCUGCCCUGGGCAGAAGGUGUCCACUCUGCCUCCUACUCUGGCUUUCUCAUGUUCUGGUCAUAUGUGAUCAUUCUGAACACGGUGGUGCCAAUUUCACUGUAUGUCAGUGUAGAGAUUAUACGCCUGGGUAACAGUUUCUACAUUGACUGGGACCGUAAAAUGUAUUACCCACUGAAUGAUACCCCAGCUCAGGCUCGUACAACUACACUCAACGAAGAGCUGGGGCAGAUCAGGUACAUCUUCUCAGACAAAACAGGAACUCUCACUCAGAACAUCAUGUGUUUCAACAAAUGCUCCAUCAAUGGCAAAUCCUAUGGUGAUGUGUAUGAUAUGUCUGGGCAAAGGAUAGAAAUAAAUGAGAACACAGAGAAGGUUGAUUUCUCAUACAACCCACUAGCUGACCCAAAGUUUGCCUUCUAUGACCACAGCCUGGUCGAAGCUGUGAAGAUAGGCGACGUCCCAACGCACAGGUUCUUCCGGCUGCUCUCGCUUUGCCACACAGUGAUGCCAGAAGAGAAGAAGGAAGGUAACUUGGCUUACCAGGCCCAGUCUCCUGAUGAGGGAGCCCUUGUGACUGCUGCCAGAAACUUCGGGUUCGUGUUCCGGGCUCGCACACCAGAGACAAUCACAGUUGUGGAAAUGGGAGAAACAAAAAUCUACAAACUCUUGGCUAUUCUUGACUUCAACAACGUUCGCAAGCGGAUGUCUGUUAUUGUGCGGAGCCCAGAAGGUGACUUGACUCUGUAUUGCAAAGGGGCUGACACCAUUCUUUAUGAACUGCUUCAUUCAUCCUGUGACUCUCUCAAAGAGGAGACCACAGAACACCUGAAUGAGUUUGCUGGUGAAGGUCUGAGGACACUCGUGGUGGCCUAUAAAAACCUGGAUGAAGACUACUUUCAGGACUGGAUCAGGCGUCACCAUGAAGCAAGCACUGCCAUGGAAGGACGGGAAGACAAACUGUCGGAGCUAUAUGAAGAGAUUGAAAAAGACCUAAUGCUACUGGGUGCCACAGCGAUUGAGGACAAGUUACAAGACGGAGUCCCACAGACCAUUGAGACUCUUGCCAAAGCCAACAUUAAGAUAUGGGUUCUCACUGGAGACAAGCAAGAGACAGCAAUGAAUAUUGGUUACUCCUGCAACUUGCUGUACGAUGACAUGGAGGAUGUUUUCAUUAUUCAAGGCACCACAUCUGAUGAUGUACUUAAUGAGCUGAGGAAUGCAAGAAGAAAGAUGAAGCCAGACUCCUUUCUGGACAGUGAUGAAAUCAACAUUCAGUUUGAGAAACCUUCCAAAAAACAAAAAAUUAUACCUGAUGAGCAAGCAAAUGGAGUGUAUGGUCUGGUUAUCACUGGCCACAGUCUGGCUUAUGCACUGGAAGGGAAUCUGGAGCUGGAGCUGGUGAGAACUGCAUGCAUGUGUAAAGUGGUGAUCUGCUGCCGGGUGACUCCACUGCAGAAGGCCCAGGUGGUGGAGCUGGUGAAGAAGUACAAGAAUGCUGUGACCCUGGCAAUUGGAGAUGGUGCCAACGAUGUCAGCAUGAUCAAAACUGCCCACAUCGGGGUCGGCAUCAGUGGCCAGGAGGGGAUGCAGGCAGUCUUGUCCAGCGACUUCUCCUUUGCACAGUUCCGUUACCUGCAACGCCUGCUCCUAGUCCACGGUCGGUGGUCCUACAUCCGCAUGUGCAAGUUCCUCAAGUACUUCUUUUAUAAGAACUUUGCCUUCACAUUAGUGCACUUCUGGUAUGGCUUCUUCUCUGGCUUCUCAGCACAGACUGUCUAUGAUGAGUGGUUCAUUACACUUUACAAUUUGGUGUACACUUCCCUCCCGGUGCUAGGAAUGAGCCUCUUUGAUCAGGAUGUGGAUGAUCGCUGGAGCAUUCUAUUUCCUCAGCUGUAUGUGCCUGGCCAGCAGAACCUCUAUUUUAACAAAAUGGUGUUUGUCAUGUGCAUGUUGCAAGGCAUCUACAGUUCCCUCAUCCUCUUCUUCAUCCCCUAUGGGGCCAUGUACAAUGCAAUGAGAAGUGAUGGGAAGGCCAUUGCUGACUACCAGUCCUUUGCACUAAUGGCACAGACCUGCUUACUGAUUGUGGUGUCUGUACAGAUUGGCUUGGACACCUCUUACUGGACAGUGGUGAACCAGUUCUUCAUCUGGGGCAGCCUUUCUGUUUACUUUGCUAUCACCUUCACCAUGUAUAGUGAUGGCAUGUACCUGAUCUUCACAGCCUCAUUUCCCUUCAUUGGUACUGCUCGAAACACCCUCAGCCAACCAAACGUGUGGCUGGCAAUCUUCCUCAGCAUCACCCUCUGCGUGCUGCCCGUAGUCGGCUUUCGAUUCCUGAAGGCACAGUUAAAGCCAACUCCCAGUGAUAAAAUCCUGCUCAAGAUCAAAGAAGCCAAAAAGCAGCCACCUCCACCUUCACCCAAGAGACGCCUGCGUCGGACCAGCACCCGCCGCUCUGGUUAUGCCUUCUCCCAUCAGCAUGGCUUUGGAGCACUCAUUAUGUCAGGGAGAAACAUGAGACCAAAAUCACCUUUUGCCACAACAGGAACAUUCUCACCAAAUAGUGACAAACAUAAACACAAAGGACUGUAACCAAAAAAACGCCGCAAACAAAGAAAAAACAACCCAAAACCCAGCAAAGCAAACCAAAGAAUAAAGGGCUGUCAGGAGAGGAGGCUGUGCCCUCGGCAAAGCACAGGGCCAGUGACUGCCCAGAACGCUGCCUUCUGGGCUACCAAAUUGAUCACUUGGGCAUUCCCUUCCACCUAUAUGUACCCUCUGACUCCAGCCUCUCUUCCAAAGACUUGUGCUGCUGCCAGGCAAGGCAGGCAGGGUGAAUUUGAGUUCUAUGGUAUCCCAGAGGGCCUCCCUGGAACAAGACAGAAUAUGCAGCAGGAUGCAUCUCCAGUUCCUGAGAGUGUUGAUAACGUUACUUACUUUUUAUCCCUUUAACUACAUACCUCAAAGUGAAGUCCAAGCUGAGGAAAAGAUUGAAUUGGCAAUGCCUUUCUCAUUCACAUGCCUUUGUUUCUGUCAUGAAUCCACUCUGGGCCGUGUUAUCGGGGUGACAGUAUUUACCCCCAGGUGUGCCUUAGGUCCAGCCACACAACCCCAAAUCUUUGUAAUCUGUUUGAUUUUGUAGGUUUUUGACUGUACACAAGCACUUUGGAAGGCAUGAGUUGUAAAUAACCUCCUUCCAAAUGAAGGGUUAACCCAAUGUCUCAAGAGAUGGCCAGUGGCCCAAACAUCACCCUUGUCCUGCAUCUGCAGCUUCGAAGUGCUGCAAGCUCAGAGAAACCCUGAGUUGGUCAAAGGACAAGGACUUGACAUUCAUAAGCCAGCCUUGUUUUAUCUGCAUUGCAAAUUUGCUCUUCUAAAAGAUCAUUGUCCUCAGAGCCCGCUCAUGUUUUCUACUAGGCCACCAGCCAUUUCAUUUAGACUGAAAAUACAUCAGCAAAAGAAGCUCAGGGUCGUGUAUGGAUCAAGCCAUAAAAUCUGACCCUGACAAGCCUAUGUCAUGGUUAGGGCUCAUGUGAGCCACCAGCACCAGGUGUCUCUUGCAUCAUGACAGACACACACACACACACACACACACCCCUCUGACUUGGUGGAGAUCAUGCAAACAGUAUCAGAGGCAGAGAUGCUAUUUCAGAGUUAGUGCAGGGUGUCCUUCCUUUGCUUCACCAGUGCUGUUGCUCACCGUGAGCCAGCAUCACCUGCUGGCUCCCUCACUUUACUUGAUGAGCGGUGUGGCCAAGAUUCGGAGGAACUUAGUGAGGGCUCAGAAGCCUCUGCAAAGCUUCUCUGCGCUAAUACUUUAUUUGGGAACAGUUCAUCAUGUGUUUCAGAGAGCUGAAAAUCCUAUCAGUCUGGUUACCAGCAGAGGGACCCAGGACGCACAGACACAGCCAAAGAUAUGGUGAUCCUGAGGGACUGGGAUUUGUUCCUUGUGUCGUUACACCAGCUCCGUGGUCAGCGAGGUUACUGGGUGGAAUGCCAGCAUGGUAGCCUGAGAGUCUGUCCUGCCAGCACUGCUGAGUUGUUUAAAUGAAGCUCUUUUUUUGUGCAGAGGACUAAGCAGCAUUGGGUAUUUUUUGGUGGUGGUUUUUUUUUUUUUCUCCUGCCUCCUUUAUACCAAUUUAAACUCAUUCCUUGCUUUGAAUCAGAAUUUCUUUGCACAGUUACCAUCUGGUAUUUAUGGGGAGCUCUCUGCCUUGAGUCUCUGAGCUAUCAGUGGAGGCAACAUGUACUGACAGCAGGCCAGUCAUGUCCCAGUUUCAUUCAGACUCUGUAUAAUGCCUUGCUCCCUGUGGUUCCAGUUUCAGCAGUUACUGUGUAAGGUUGUUAAACUCUAAAAGAAGAUUUCAUCUCUUGGGUUUAACCCAGCCGAAGAAAAAAAAACCCAAAACUGUCUGUUGCACCUGAUGCUUUGGGAGACUCAUUUCAAACUGUGGUAUUAAAUUUGAGCAUUGCCAGUGCAAAACUAAAGCUGGGACUGGAUCCAGGCAUCAGCAAUCUGGAGUGGCAUGCUAGGAAAGGGGAACAUUCUAUAUCUUCCUUGCAAGGAGACACUUCAGUGAAGUCGCAGCCUGCACCCAGACCAGGCUGAGAAAACCCUUGCAAUAGCUAGAGCUUGUCAGAGCCCUCUGAUUUACCACUCCCUUUGCAGAGACAAUCAUGGCUUUCUGCUGAGGGUUGUCUGUCAGAGACAGCUUCCCCGGGGCUAGACGCAAAAGGGGAAUUGAUGCAGGUAAACAGACAUCCCCACGAUACCGAGGCUGGGUUGAGAGUCCUUAUCAACGCUGCUCCGACCGCACGACGCAGUGUUACGUAACGCAGAGCAGCAGGGGCAAAGCCUUUGCUGACAGAGCCAGGCGACCCCGGGACUGUGUCGCUCUUCUCGUAUGGUUUACGUGCAAAGCGCUCACCUUUUGGCUGAAGGGGAUUUGCAAAUGCUGCAUAGCACGUGCAGGGGAUAACAGAGCUGUGGGUGAAACUUGCGCAGAUACCAAAUACUUCGGUGGCUUGACAAGAUCAGCACCAGAAACCUAUCAGCUGGCGGUGAUGUCUGUCCUACACCACUCCUGGUUUUGUAAAAUAAAAUAAAAUAAAAUAAAAAAUAAAGCAAAACAAAACAGAAAGUAAAUAAAAUCGU